AUGUCUGGCCCUGCAACGACCAAUGCCGCAGCCCCGCAGCGGCCGCCGAUUCGCAAUGACGACUACGUCACUGUUGACGACAUAGACAACAACUACGAUUUUACAAGCGACAGCGACGGUAGCGACGACGACGCAUUUUCCACGUCGUCAUCCGAAGACCUGCCGAUCGAGGUCGAAGAGCUCAAACGCGAUACCGCCAGCAAAAAGAUAUCACCUUCUGCCGACUCAGCCUCCGCCGCCCCGGCUUCCGUGCUGACCUUCCGCAACAUCUGUUACUCCGUUUCCGUCAAGCAGCGCAAGGGAGAUCCGGCCGGUGCCGGCCCGCAGUUCGCGCGGCAGGACAGCACCCUCGCGAAUCUCCCUGGACUGCCGCCUCAGCAGGGCUUUCCGGCUUCGAUCUCUGUCACGGCGCAAACGGAUGAGGGCGCAGCUGGAACCAGCGCCGCGGCGCGUGACGGCGGCGGGAUUGCCGACGGGAUGCGCCAGAAGCGCGUUCGGCGGCAGAUCCUAACAGGCGUGAACGCCGAGGCGCGAUCGGGAGAGCGGAAGGGGACGGUGGAGCUGGACGGCGCGGAAGUGCGCGCGGGGACGAUGCGGCGCGUUUCCGCGUACGUGAUGCAGGACGACGUGCUGUUUCCGUCGCUCACGGUGCGCGAGACGCUCAUGUACGCCGCAGAGUUGCGCCUGGACUCCAAAACUUCGCGGCGCGAAAAAGAGCAGAAGGUCGCGAGGCUGAUCGACUUGCUCGGGCUGGCGAAAGUGGAGAACUCGCCGAUCGGCGGCGAGAGGAAGAGGCCCGAGGGGCUUGUGAUUCGGUUGUCCUUCCUGUCAUGUGCCAGCGGCAUUGUGUUCUACUCCUCGUGCGACGCCGUCCCCAUAUUCAUCGAGGAAUGCGCAAUAUUCGUGAGGGAGUCAGCCAAUAACGCGUACAGGCCAUCAACCUACCUCAUGUCAUCAACCCUAGUCUACCUGCCGCUUCACUUCCUCAUGGCCUUGCUUCUCACCGCUGUCUCUUGGUGGAGCAUCAGCCUCGCGGGCGGCGCCGAGGGUUUUCUGUUCAUGGUGGUGGCGUUCUUUGUCAUGUUCUUUGCAGCCAAUGCCAUCGUGACAUGUGUCAGCACAUGCGUAAAGGACGUCGUCCUGGCAUAUGCACUCGCCAUCUCGGUCAUGUCUUACUUCUACCUCGUUUGUGGCUUCUACGUUACAAGGAGGCAAAUGCCUGCCGUGCUCAUAUGGCUGCACUACCUGUCGCCCUUCAAAUACGCUUACGAAGCGCUCGCCAUCAACCAAUUCGCCAGGCCAAGCCCCUGCUACCUGAGUGUUGCUGAUUCCAUGCCAAAACUUCCCAACAACAUGCUCAGCACGCUCAGCAUACCCAGUUCUCUAAACAACUCACUUGCUGUGCCCCCAAGCUCAUCCAACAGCAAUUCCUCACUCUCCCCAACGCCAGAGCAGCUGCAGAGCCAGCUGCUCUCCGUACUCUUUAUAAACCCGAUUCCCGACUCUGCUCUUAGCGGGUUGUCUCCCGAGAUGAGAGCGCAGGUGGAGGCGGCUUCGGGAGGGUGCUUGCUGUCAGGCCCGCAGCUGCUAGUUUCUCGGUCGGUGGAUCAGCUGGGCAAGUUGGAGUGCCUCGCUGUGUUGCUGGCGAUCGGGCUUGCUGUGAAGCUCAUCACCUUGUUGCUGCUCGUGAGGCUUCGGCGGGCCAAGCAUAAAUAG